UACUAAAUACUACCCGAUAAAAAUAUCGAUUAGAGGCACUGGUCCAUCCCUAACACAAAAACUUGCUGGUCAUCAAAGAAGUCCGAUUUGUUGAAUAUUUUCAAAAAUCCUUUAAAUUCGACGCAUUAUAUAUCCUCUCUCGAGAAGCGCUCGCAUCAUGUUCGGCAGACAAAGUGGACUGGGCAGCUCCAGCAACAGCAGCAACCUGGUGGAGUUCCGCGCAGGUCGCAUGAACAUGGUUGGCAAGAUGGUGCACCCGGACACCCGCAAGGGCCUGGUCUACAUGACCCAGAGCGACGACGGCCUGAUGCAUUUCUGCUGGAAGGACCGCACCUCCGGCAAGGUGGAGGACGACCUGAUCGUCUUCCCCGACGACUUUGAGUACAAGCGCGUCGAGCAGUGCAAGACCGGCCGCGUCUAUGUGCUCAAGUUCAAGUCGUCGACGCGCCGCAUGUUCUUCUGGCUGCAGGAGCCGAAGACCGACAAGGAUGAGGAGCACUGUCGCCGCAUCAACGAGCUGCUGAACAAUCCCCCGGCUGCCCAUCAGCGCGGCGGUGGCGGCAGCAACGAUGGCGACCUGCAGUACAUGCUCAACAACAUGUCGCAGCAGCAGCUGAUGCAGCUGUUUGGAGGAGUGGGCCAAAUGGGAGGUCUCAGCUCGCUGCUGGGCCAAAUGAACUCCCGUACGCCAUCCUCUCGCAACACCUCGUCUUCGGGUGGCGGCGGAGGCGGUGCCUCGGCAUUGCAGACGCCCGAGAAUGUCACUGUGCCACGCACCCCGUCUGCCCCGUCCAAGGGCUCCAAGUCGGGCAGCAGCCGCAGCAGCACCAAUGUGAACUCGCAGGCCGGCGAGGACGCCGGCAGUGCCGGAUCGUCCCUAGAUGCGGAUGCCUCCGGUAAGAACUCAACCACAUCGACCACAACGGCGUCAGAAUCGACCGGAGCCUAUGCCAACCCAUUCCAAGCCUACUUAUCCAAUCUUUCCCCCGAACAUGGCGCAGGACGAUCUCUGAACAUUGACCUAUCGACGGCGCUUUCCGGCGCCGAGGCCAUCAAUCAGCUCAUCGCCGAUCCGGAGCGCGUCAAGUCGCUGAUCGUGCACCUGCCAGAGUCGGAGGAUGCGGACGAGGAUCGCAAGCAGCAGAUCAAGGACCACAUCACCUCCCCGCAGUUCCAGCAGGCCCUGGCUCAGUUCUCCAAUGCCCUGCAGUCGGCCCAGUUGGGCCCGGUGGUCAAGCAGUUUGAACUUUCCAAUGAUGCCGUGGCCGCCGCCUAUUCCGGCAACCUGGAGGAAUUUGUCCGCGCCCUGGAGAAGAGUCUGCCCGCCGGCGCCACCAUGAGCGGCGAUCCGCCCAGUGAGAAAAAGGGCGAAGCCGAGGCCCCCGCUGUCGCUCGGGAUGAGAACACCGAUCCCGCUGAAAAGCAGGAGGAGAAACAGAAAUAGCUUUCGCUUCUGUAAACGACAAUAAUACAAAUGCGUUGGUUGACAGCAUAUUUUUUCACGUUUUUAAGUAUUUUUCGCUUUGGAAUAAAUUAGCAAGUUACAGAUGCAUUACAA